AUGGACCCAAUUCACCAUUUCCUGGAAGAUGGGGUGCUUCCUGAAGACAAAAAAGAAGCCAAAGUCAUAAGGAGAGAAGCUUCCAAAUAUGCAGUAAUACACGGGCAACUGUACAAACGGGGACUCAACCAACCCUUGCUGAAGUGCCUACUUCCUGACCAGAUAGACUACUUUAUAAGUGAAGUCCAUGAGGGGUGUUGUUGUGGCCAUCACAUCGGAAGGAAGGCACUAGCAAGGAAGCUCGUGAGAGCCGGGUAUUAUUGGCCUUCCAUGAUGGUGGAUGCCCAAGAACUUGUAAAGAAAUGCAAGAAGUGUCAAGAGAAUGCGAACUUUCACAAGGCUCCAGCAGAGGAGCUGAGUUCCAUGUUGGCCUCCUAA